CGCAUCACUCUGGAGGGUGGUGCGGAGCCCCCAUGGCUGCAGGGCCCCCUUAAAGCGGCAUUUUUGGGGGCCUCAGGCGUCGGUAAAACCAGCAUAUUACAGCAAUUUUUCUAUCAUGACUUCCCAAAGACCCAUGAGACAACCACACGCAAAAAGAUCUACAAAAGCUGUCUGGUAUGCGACACUUGCAUACGCGAGCUGAUGGUACUCGACGUUCCACCCCAGAAACGUUUCCCGGCUGAUAACUUUGCCGAAUGGAAUAAUGGACAUCCGCUGGGGUUGCGAACCGUACACGCAUAUGUUUUAGUAUUCGAUAUGGGCAACUUGGAAACAUUUCAGUAUUGCCGUGCGAUGAGAGAGCAAAUAUUGGACAGUUUUAGUCAUCGUGAUUUUAGUAUAAUAGUAAUUGGUAAUAAAUACGAUACGGUCACCGAGGUGCAGGCCAAUUCACAGGAGCUGAAGGAUAUUUCAACGUUGGUGCGCAAACAUUGGCGUUGCGGCUAUGUGGAAUGCUCUGCCAAGUACAACUACAAAAUUGGCGAUGUAUUCCGGGAAUUGAUGGGCUGUACAAGCACCGGUGCCAUCGUUAGCGAAUUCACACAAUCAACUAGGAAUAAAGGACGUUGCACAAUACUUUAGCGUUAUCUGCAGAGAUUCUUCAGAGAAAGGAUGUGAGUCGCAGCAAAGGCAUGUGAGCUACAGCUGCAAAAUUUCAAGGGCCACAGCAACCAAACACAAACGAAAGCCGCCAAAAUAUUAGUAUUAGUAUUCAACAGACCACCUAAGUAGGUUUCGAAACCAGGUUGUUGCAGCUGUUAGCUCUCGUGAACGCGAAUUUGUAGUAGUAAGCCAUAGGUAGCCAAUAAGUAACGAAUAGGUUUAAAUAUUUAGAAAAAAACAUUGUAGUUAAAAAGU